AUGGCAGACGCGUGUGAACCUACCCCAGAGCUCUCCAGAGCAGAGCGAUUCAAAGCCACACACCUCGCCGCGCGCCAUGGCAACUACCACCAAUAUUACGCCAAGUUCCGAGCGCCCACUGUGCCGGACGAACGCCUGUCCAUUCUCCCGUCAGACAUCCUCCGCGACGCGCGAGUCAUAGACCUAGGCUGCAACGCAGGCAAACUGACUCAUGAGGCAAUGACACAUUGCGGCGCCACCGCAGCAGUCGGCGUGGAUAUCGACCCGUGGCUGAUCGAGCAGGCGAAGACGGCAUACCCGGACGGACCAUGCACAUUCGAGCAUUUCGACUUCGUGGACGCGUCCGCAUACUCGGGUACCGCGCUGGGUAAGUUCGACGUUGUCCUACUUCUCUCAGUGACCAAGUGGAUUCAUCUCAACAACGGGGACUCUGGGAUGUUGACCCUCUUCGCGCACAUUCGAAGCAUACUGAAUGAGGGGGGAUAUCUCGUCAUGGAGCCGCAACCAAUGAGCAAUUAUGCGAGAGCCUCGAAGAAAAACAAAGAGUUGCGAGAGACAUAUAAGACGAUCCAGAUCAAACCCCCGUUUGAGGAUGAGUUGAAAGCAGAAGGAUUCGAGAGGAUCUUGAAAUUCGAGAGGGACGAGGAGGGAUUUGCCAGGCCUGUACAUGUCUGGAAAAAAGUAUCAUAA